AUGACCCGACUUGUCAGCUCCAAGCCAGUUUCAGCCAUGUCAAGGAACCCAGCCCCGCCCCGAGCGCUUUUCCAGCCGGAGAGCAGGUCUGAGCAGCGCAGCUGGGAGCGGAGCCCGCCCAGGUGUGAUCACAGCCCACCUUCUCAGCCCAAGGAGAAUAGCAUUGGCCAGAACCAUCACCAGGAGGAAACAAUCCACAAGUUGGCCAGGCAGCUGAGAAACAUCGGGGACAGCAUCGAUCAUAGAAUGGUUCAAGAGGAUUUUCAACAAGAAGGCAGAGCUAUCCUGGCUCAUUUUGCCUUAGUUUUCUUUGGAGGAGUUCACAUGUUGUUGCGCUUUCUCUGGAAUAACCAUGUGAUGUAAAA